GACAAGACGCCUCCGCCCCGUGCCGCGCCGGCGAUGGCGCGGCAAGAAAGCACGCUGUCCAAGUCCAGUGCUACGAAGAAGGUGGUGGUAGACCCGAGCAAAAGCCGAGGGGCGAUGAGUGUCGCCAGCAGCCGCGUUACUCACAACAUCCCUCACUUGCGGAAGAACAGCCUGCUGGACGGCCUCAUGGAGUUGCCCUUCUGGCAUCCAGGACGCUACGUGCACACCACCCAGUUCGAUGCCGUGUUCUGCGGCGUCAUUCUCUUAAACACCUUCGUGAUGGCCCUGGAGAUGCAGUACAUGGGCCUUCAGCGGGGCUACGAGUUGGGCUUCCCCAACUUCGUGCAACCUGCGAGCGAAUAUUGGCAAGGAGCUUCAUCGAUUUUCGCCUUCCUUGAGGUCGUCUUUGGCGUCAUCUACCUCCUUGAGCUGAUUAUCAAGCUCAUAGGAUUUAAGAUGCGCUUCUUCAAGGAGUGGUGGAAUUGGUUUGAUGGGAUCCUGGUGGUCAUGUGGCUGGCGGAAUUCACCCUGCGGGACGUGAUCCAAAUGGACGGCGCGAUUUUGCGAAUGAUGCGCAUGGCGCGGCUCUUGCGGCUCAUACGUUUGGUGAAGACCAUCCAAGGCUUCGACGCACUCUACAUCAUGACCACCGCCCUGAUGGGCAGUACGGUUUGCCUCUUUUGGUCCUUUAUGCUUCUCAUGACGGUGCAAAUCAUGAUCGCCUUCUUCUUGAACGAAUCCUUGGAGACCUACUUCCAAGACAAGACCAAGCCGGUUUCAGAAAAGCUGCAGGUCUUCGAGUAUUUUGGAACCACAGCUCGGGUCAUGCUCACCAUGUUCGAGCUCACGCUCGCGAACUGGCCAGUGGCGGCCCGCAUCUUGCAAGAGAAUGUCACAGAGUACUACUCAAUUUUCUCGGUCGCCUACAAGCUCAUCAUCGGCUUUGCGGCAGUGGGCAUCAUCAACGGCGUGUUUAUGCAGGAGACAUUCAAAGUGGCGGCGUCCGACGACAAGCUGAUGAUGAGACAGAAGGAGAGAGACCGCUGGCUUCACACGAAGAAGAUGAGGGUCUUGUUCCAGGCCGCUGACGAGUCUGGUGAUGGCUAUUUGGAUCGUGAAGAGUUCCUCGAAAUCAUGAACAUUCCGGAAGUCAGGACGUGGCUGGCAGCCCAAGAGCUUCCGGUGCGAGACCCCAACAUGCUCUUCAACCUUUUGGACGACGGAGAUGCGGAGCUUACAGCAGAAGAACUGGUGAAAGGCGUAGAACGCCUCAAGGGGACUGCCAAAGGCAUCGACCUUGCCUCCUUCAUGGCCGAGCACCGCAGCUUUGCGGAGAAAGUCGCAGAAAAGCUCAACAUCCAGCUGGAGCAUUUUGGAGAGCAAAAGAAGUCGGACGACGAAGACGACGACGAUGAAGACGACUGAGGGCUGGCUGGCACCGGGAAACGUUCAAAAC